GUGCACCUUUUCAAUGCAACGAUGUACGCUUUUAUUUUUUCCCUUCUCCUCUUCACCUUAGCGCGGUACUUGGUGUGCAGCCUAUCGUUCUGUCGACGUGCAGGUAUCUCUAUCUCUUGGGGGGGCCGACUACUGAACCAUCCCGAUGCGUCCCAUUCUCGCCCCUCUGUGCCUCUCUUGGGCCUCGUCCAGGGUAUGGAUUGUGGAUGGCUGCGGAUAUGGAAGUGGCCGGUGCGCGUUGGGCACAAUGGUAAUAAUAGCGCCGUGUGCCUCAUUCAGCACGCAAUAGGCUGGAGCCAUGAGGAAGUCGUGAUUGCCUCUCCGUUCGUCUUACCCGCAAUCUUUGAGAGAAAACUGCCUCUCACAUCUGGCGCAUUUUCGCGUGUCUGGUUGGUUGUUGCGCCGCCCUACUGCCUCUACCAGGGGAGUGAUUUGCCGCUGGGGGAUACGAGGUUUAACCAGGAACAGUUGGGCGGGCUUCUUAGCGCUAUCAUUCUCCAGCUUCUAAUCUUGGGAGAGGAUGGUGUUGGAUGGGUCCUGGAUCCGUCCCCCCCUCGGCCGUCUGAAAAUCCGAUCCAUUCUUUGCGUCCCUGAGGGGAUGCAGUGCCAGCCUUACUGUUUUCGAUGUGUGGCGGUCGAGUUUGUCGAGUUCAUGGUGACGAUAGUAGUGUCGUAGGCGCUUGCGCGAGGGGAAGGGAAAUCUCAUCCUCAACGUCAACCCCUCUCGUCGGCCGUUAGGACGGGUCGGAGGAGGCCGUCGGGUCGGCCAAUGCCUCUUGACUGCCGGGAAGCAUCGCCAGACUGCAGCGUGCAGACGCAGGACUCCAUCCAGACCCAAAGAUCGAGACGGGCGUUGGAACCUUGGGGCUCAGACAUGGUGCAGCGCAGUGUGUUACCG